UAGCCAUUAGGCUACAUGUGAGUGAAACGCAGUUCACGCCAGACGCUGUCUGUCCCCCGCAGCUAACGUUACGCCUCCCUCGCAGCGUUUGACACGGCUGUUUUUUAUAGCCUAUACCUUGCCUGCUCUCAUUGUUCUUCGUGACAUUUUGCCAGUCGACAUAGGCUAUGAUCAUGCCACGGCGCCUACUAGCUACCGACACAAUACAGCCACUGCGUUAUGUCCAGCACUGUUUCUGUGACAGUUCGCUAUCCAGAGUGACAGGCUUGUGAAUGGCAUUUAUUCAGAGAGUUUUUAAUGACUUCCGUACAGUCGUCGGGAUCGCCAUUGCAGGUUAACGUUAGGUCAGGCGUCAUUGAAAUAUUUGGUUUGUAGUGCUUGCUCAUUUCCAGAGAGAGCAUAUCAUGGACCCUUGUCUUAAUCUCAGUUUUAAUAAGAACGGACAUGCAGCUUUGCACAUGAUAAUGAAGAGCUAAAAGGAUUAUUUUGCGCACAAGGGAACUGUCUUAUAAAAGCAAUUGGAACCUGUCGUCAGGAAGGGGACUGUAACGUGUGUUGGAUGUGUAUCGCUCUUCUGGUGGCUAGCAAUUCCAAUGACUUGCCACUCAUCCGACUCCUCGGAAACCAUCGAAAAUAAUCGGAGAUCGGAAACUGAAAGCCGCGCCGUAGAGACUGACCAGAGUCGCGUGGCCUCCGCCAUGAGAGACCUGAAAAAUACAGGCUGGUACUGGGGCCGCCUCACUGCCAACGAGGCGAAGGAGAUCCUUGCAGACUCGCCGGAGGGCACCUUCCUGGUGCGGGACAGCUCCCAGCGCGACUACCUCUUCACCAUCUCCGCCAUGACCGCGGCCGGCCCCACCAACCUGCGCAUCGAGUACGCCGACGGCAAGUUCAAGCUGGACUCCGUGGUGCUGGUCAAGCCCAAGCUGAAGCAGUUUGACAGCGUCGUGCACCUGGUGGAGCACUACGUCAAGCUCUCGCGGACCUCCUGCAAGCCUGGACAGGGUCAGGGUCAAGGUCCGGGUCCAGGGUCAGGUCCGGUGCCGCUCGGUUCCAACAACAAUGUGACCGUGCAGCUGCUGCUGACCAAGCCGGCGUAUGCAGCCACGCCUUCACUUCAGCACCUGUGCCGCAUCGCCAUCAACAGGUCCACGCGGCAGGUCCGUGCCCUCCCUCUGCCCAACAGGCUCAAAGACUACCUGACGGACUACACCUACCACGUCUGAGUGUGGCCCUUGUGGCGCCGCUGUGAUCGUCGCAGCGUCCUCCAGGGCCCAGCGAUGGCUUGAGCGUCACCAUGGUUACGCUUACCUUGCCUGCAGCAGCUUUAGGGGUCGCCACUCGUAGUGAGGCCCCCCUCCUCAGGCAUCGGGAGACGGAGCGUUGCCCUCCCACCGCGCACCCUUCUUGAGGACUACUUGAUGGACUACACAUCCGCAACGUGUCUGAGGCGGGGGGGGUCCCUCAGGAGGGUGCUAUCAUGAGACUACACUUGAGGGGGUGCUCUCGCGCCCUGCCCACGGUGAUCAGGUUAACAUGCGGCCCGAGACAAAGAAAGACUGUGGUGGCCGUGUGUGUGUGUGUGUGUGUGUGUGUGUGUGUGUGUGUGUGUGUGUGUCUCACUGUUGUGCACCUUUUGUAGUGUUUUCACUACGUGAUGAACUGAACUGAAUUGACCUGAACGGCCCGCCACGACUGCACUGCAACAGGCCAUAUAUAUGGCCCCUCAGUGCGGUGCGAGGGCCAGCGAAGCACCUUUACAUUGAUGCUCAGCGCAUUCAGACAAACUCCGUCUGUCCGCGUCUCAUCCGAUGCGGCCGCCGGACACUGUGUAUACCUUUUUUGCUGUUUCUGAUUCAUUUUGUUUCUGUUUGUUUUUUUGUUUUUUGAGGACCUGUUUUAUUUGCUCAUUGGUUUUUGUACUGUAAUCGGUUAAUGAAGGGUCAUUUUGGAUGGGGGGUUUGUGGGGGGGGGGGGUUGGGGGGAUCUUCUGAUUUCCUGACGAAUGCUUUCUUGUACAUUACAGCAAGCAAUACUUGAAA